AUGGAAAACAACUCUAUUAACAGUGACAUACUUGAAAUUCAGGGUUUGGAUAUCUCGGAGUCAUCCGUUUACCCUGUCUUCUUUGCAGUGCUCUUCUUUUACCUCACUCUGCUGAUAUCCAAUAUUGGCGUGCUUACACUCAUCAUAAAAGAGAAACCCUUACACCAACCCAUGUAUCUUCUGUUCUGCAACCUGUCAAUCAAUGAUCUUUUUGGCAAUACAGUUUUACUCCCCCGGUUGCUUGCUGACAUGUUUGAGCCAAGAAAAUGGACCACAUAUGCUCAGUGUGCCACCCAGGCAUUCUGUAGUCACACAUUUGGUUCAGCCUCACAUAUGAUAUUAAUCAUAAUGGCCUUUGAUAGGUAUGUUGCUAUAUGCAACCCACUGCGAUACACUGCAAUAAUGACAACUAAGACCAUUGUGAUGUUGUCCGUCUCUGCCUGGGGCUUUUCACUUAUAUUAGUGUCUAUUUUGCUUGGCCUCACAAUCAGAUUGUCUCGCUGUAGAUCCACUAUUCUUAAUGCUUAUUGUGAUAAUGCAUCAUUGUUCAAGUUAUCGUGUGACGAUGUGUCCAUUAAUAACCUGUAUGGGCUAGUUUUUACAGCAGUACUUUUUGGUUCAUCGAUAGGAAGCAUUCUUGUGACAUACUUUAGGAUUGCUAUUAUAUGCUGGACUAAAAAAAGCAAGGAUCUCAACAACAAAGCUCUACAGACAUGUGCUAGUCACUUAUUAGUAUAUAUGAUUAUGUUGUGGACAGGGUUCCUUACUAUAAUUCUCCAUCGUUUCCCAGAUUAUCCAUAUUUGAGAAAAUUGGCCUAUAUAUUGUUCCAUGUUGUGCCUGCCAAUUUAAACCCAAUCAUUUAUGGUAUGCAAACAAAGUCUCUAAGGAAUAGAAUUCUGCAGAUUUUCUGCAGAAAGGUGUCUAGUAUAUAG